UUUCUCGGCACGGAAUUCCAUUUUUAUUUUGCCUCCAAGAAAUCUGCAAGAAGGAAAAAAAAACUGCUCUUACUUCUUCUUCAUCACCUGGUCUCCGUUGAUGCAGAUGCCUUCUUCCUGAGUCGUGAGCAAAUUCUUUACCUCGACUCAGUUCCGUCGCACGCGAGUCAUGAGCAGGCCGAGCUCUCGUGUCGAAUCUUUCGUGCAGACGGAGAUUAACUGGGACAAGCUUGACAAAACAAAAUUUUAUGUAGUUGGAGCUGGCCUCUUUACGGGCGUCACAGUGGCUCUGUACCCUGUGUCAGUUGUGAAAACCAGGCUUCAGGUCGCUUCUAAAGAUGUUGCUGAAAGAAAUGCAUUUUCUGUCGUGAAAGGCUUGCUGAAGAAUGAGGGUAUUCCUGGUCUGUACCGAGGCUUUGGUACUGUAAUUACAGGCGCAAUACCUGCAAGGAUAAUUUUUCUUACUGCUUUAGAGACCACAAAAAUUGCUGCUUUUAAGUUGGUCGAACCCUUCAAGUUCAGUGAACCUACACAGGCGGCAAUAGCAAAUGGCAUUGCUGGCAUGACAGCUUCUCUUUUCUCACAGGCAGUGUUUGUCCCAAUCGAUGUGGUUAGCCAAAAGUUGAUGGUGCAAGGAUUCUCGGGUCAUGCGACAUAUACCGGUGGUCUUGAUGUUGUUCGAAAAGUUAUGAAGUCAGAUGGUGUAAGGGGCUUAUACAGGGGUUUUGGUCUGUCUGUCAUGACCUAUUCCCCAUCAAGUGCUGCUUGGUGGGCCAGCUAUGGGUCGAGCCAACGUCUCAUCUGGAGAUUCUUAGGAUAUGGUGGGGAAUCAGAGGUUGCUGCUCCAAGUCAGUCGAAAAUUGUGCUUGUUCAGGCUUGUGGGGGAAUCAUCGCAGGUGCUACAGCAUCCUCAAUUACGACUCCUCUGGACACUAUCAAAACACGGCUACAGGUGAUGGGGCAUCAAGAGGAAAGGCUUUCUGCUAGACAAGUGGUGAAGAAUCUGAUAGCGGAGGACGGGUGGAAAGGAUUAUAUAGGGGGUUGGGCCCGAGAUUUUUCAGCAUGUCGGCUUGGGGAACCUCGAUGAUCCUUACCUACGAAUACCUGAAGCGUUUGUGCGCUAAAGAUGAGUAGCAUCCUUCCUUCUCUGUUCGACGGGAAUGGAUGAGAACAUCCCUGAUUGAGAUCUGAGAGAGCCCAUCUAACUCUGAUUACAUGAUUCAUUCUUUCAGGUAUCUUGUCAUUCUUUGAGUUUUGUUCUUGUGUCUGUGCGUACUGUGAGUAGUUGAUGAAGAAGAAACGGCUUUCUCCAUGAAGGUGAUAUGAUGAUAAGGAAUGAAUCAAUAUAUAGGAUAUUCUUA